CCGCACGUGUGGUCUCUUCCUCGACGAUCAUGUUGAAAUGAAGAAGCAUGGCACAGUACCGUCGGCAUAGGUAGCCAGACCACGGAUGCAGAGUUCUCGGAAGAGCCGAUAUCCGGAGAAUUUUGGGUGGAAUCUUCGCAACCUUGUUGCCAUUCUGUUGGAGUACGUCCGUCAGAAACACUCACAACCAAGCAGCCAAGAAGGCUAACAGAAGUCUGGCAAAGUUUAUCAAGCAAUCCUUUAACUUCAUGGACAGGGGAGUGGGGUUCAAACUAGUGGCUCACUACAUGGAGUCCUUCAGCUACAGAGAAAGCCCAUCUCUGUCGGAUUUGAAACUGGAGUUUUUAACAAUAAUCUGCGAACACGAGCACUUCAUACCUCUCAACCUCCCCUUCCCUGUCUCUGCUGCAGAGAUGGAGUUCUCAGUGUCAGACGAAUACUAUCGCAAGCAUUUCCUGAUGGGAGUCCUACUGCGGGAGGUGGAGAGUGCACUGCAGUACGAGGCCGGGCCCGUCAGGAAACGGACCAUCAGGAUACUCCGAGACCUGCUGGCCAAACAUGACUGCGACUCACGAUACAAGGAUCCUGGCCAGAUGAGGAGGAUAGCGCAGCUCUGUUUCCCUCUAGUCCCAAUUGUCUUGUCUCACGUGAGUCGACUCAACUCGGGCCAACCUCCCUACAUCAGCCCCAUGCUGGGAGCCGCUGCCGCGAUGCACCGGGUCCAGGAGGACAAGAGUGAAGUCUGUCACACUGACUCACUACCUCCAUCUCUUCCUGGCAGUCUUCCGUCGACGCUGGAAAGAGGGGUGGACCCUGCCGUUAUGUCCAGUGUCAAGAGUCUGACUAGUGUGGAGCUGGCAGCUGCCAUGGGCCACAGAUCGACUCCC